UAUCAACGAGUUGAAAGCUAAUUAUAGGUAAAUACUGAUUAAUCUCUCGAAGUAUUCAAAUAGUUCUACAAUAUAUACUCUCGGGUAUAAAUAUUUUGAAACGUUAGAUCGAAUAAUCAGUAAGUGAUUGGAAUCCACUGUCAACAAGAUGAAAGCUUUCUUUGUGAUUUGUGUCCUGGCCCUGACUGCAGUUGCCACCCAGGCCCGAACGAUGGAUCGUUGUUCGUUGGCCCGGGAGAUGGCCAAUCUGGGGGUUCCCCGUGACCAGCUGGCCAAGUGGGCCUGCAUCGCCCAGCACGAGAGCUCAUACCGCACCGGAGUGGUGGGUCCGGCCAACUCCAAUGGAUCCAACGACUACGGGAUCUUCCAAAUCAACAACAAGUACUGGUGCAAGCCGGCCGACGGUCGCUUUUCUUAUAAUGCGUGUGGUAUGAGCUGCAAUGCCCUCUUGACCGAUGAUAUUACCAACUCGGUGAGAUGUGCCCAGGAGGUUCAGCGCCAGCAGGGAUGGACUGCCUGGUCCACCUGGAAAUACUGCAGUGGAUCUCUGCCCUCGAUCAAUAAUUGCUUCUAAAAUAUACCUAUAAACGAGGAUGUGCUCAACAGAAAAGUAAUCCCAAAAAAAAAUUAAAAUUAAGUCCUUUACAAACUUCUCUUAACAAAGGACUAUUUUUAGAAAACUUUACAAUGAUUUUCCUUUCUGUGACAAAAAGUUUCUUCAACAUAGAUAAUAUAAUAUUUUGAGCCACAAUGUCUUUAUAUUGUAUUCAUGUUUGUUGAAAAAAUAUAUUGUUGAAUAACACCCGUGAAACUUUAAAUUUGCAAUAGAGUAAAGCAAAUUUAUUUCAUGAA